UCCUAAUUUUCUUCUUCUUCUUCCCAGUUUGUGCUUCUGUAAGACAUGGAGGAGUCAUUGGAGUGCUUUGUCGCGAGGGUUAAGGAAGAGGUUUUCUCUCCUUCCGCUGACAUGUACUCCUUCUUGCCAUCGUCUGCCUACGAGACUGCAUGGGUAGCCAUGAUACCUGAUCCUGAACGCCGUAGUCGUCCUAUGUUCCCAAACUGUUUGCUUUGGGUGCUCCACAACCAAAACUAUGGAGGAUCAUGGGGAGAGCUUGAUCUCACCAUAGACCACCUCACUGCUAUUCUGGCCUCUGCUAUUGCGCUUAAGACCUGGAGCGUUGGCUCCAUAAAUAUGGAUGAAGGAUUGAAAUUUCUUCAUGCAAACACGGAGAAAGUCCUUAUGAAACACCAUGGUGGCAUCCCCCGAUGGUUUGCCAUUGUAUUCUCGGGCAUGCUUGAGCUGGCGAAGGCUAAAGGCUUGAAGGUCUUUCCUCAAGGCUACACAGGAGCCGUGGAAGAUGUCUUCAAUGAAAGGGACAAAAUUUUCAAAACGCAAGAAGUAUCCUGCGGUGGUCACCAUCUUCCACUUCUACUGUACCUCGAGGCCUUGCCAGCAAUCUACCGAGGGAAGCAUGAAGAUAUUCUUGAGCAUAAGAGAGAAGAUGGGUCCUUGUUCCAUUCUCCGUCUGCAACUGCUUGUGCCUUCAUGAUCACUGGAGAUAGAGAUUGCAAGGACUAUUUGGAAGCCAUGGUCCAAAGAUGCGGGUAUGGAGUUCCUCCCACGUAUCCGGUGGACCAAGACCUCAUAAAGCUGUGUCUGUUGGACCAUUUGAUGCGACUAGGAUGUGGUGACCAUUUCACUAAGGAAAUAGCAGAUGCCAUGGAUCACAUUUAUCGGAAUUGGGGUACGGAGGAGCAACAACUGUCUAAAAUGCACAAUUUGCCGCUCCAAAUAUUCAGGGAUUCUUUAUCUUUUCAACUCCUGAGGAGGCACGGCCAUCGAAUAUCUCCAGAGAGGUUUUGCUGGUUUAUGCGUGAUCCGCAAAUACUCUUGCACAUAGAAGAGAACUACCAAGACUUCUUGGGAGCCAUGUAUACCGUUUACAGAGCCACGCAUUUGAUGUUUAUAGAGGAACCGGAACUUGAAAAUGCCAAAACUUUUUCCAAGAAAAUAUUGCAAAAGGGAUUGCCAAGCGAAGAUUUGAAAGACAGCCUUUGGGCUCUUUCUGAUCUCCAAAAAGAGAUUGAGCACGAGUUGAAGAAUCUGUGGUUAGCACGAAUGGAUCAUCUAGAGCACCGGAUGUACAUAGAAAGAAGUAAAGACUAUAAUUUAUGGAUUGGGAAGUCCUCCCCUUGCAGGCUGACAUGCCUUGACAACAUUAUCCAGCUUGCCACAAAAAAUUUCAUGACUCGCCAAUCAGUCUACAGGACUGAACUCGAGGAACUAAAGAGGUGGUCCAAAUAUAUGGGCCUUGCCAACAUGGGCUUUGGACGAGAGAAAACAACAAACUGCUACUUCCUUGCUUCCACUCCCAUUUCUUUUCCUUUAGAUUCUGAGGCGCGAAAAAUUGUGGCAAAGUGUGCAAUCUUAGUUACAGUUGCAGAUGAUUUUUUUGAUGAGCAUGGUUCAUUGGAUGAACUACAGUGCCUCACUGAAGCAGUCCAAAGGUGGGAAGGCGAAGGCUUAUCCGGGCAUAGUAAAGUUAUUUUUGAUGCCCUUGAUGACCUUGUAUGUGAUAUUACAUUGAAGGUUUUCAACCAACAAGGUUAUGAUAUAAAAACACAUCUUCAAGAUAUCUGGCGAGAUGUGUUCAAUGUGUGGUUGAAGGAGUCCGAGUGGAGUCGAAGCAGACAUGCACCAUCAAUUGAUGAAUACCUUCAAGUUGGCAUGAUCUCUGUAGCUGUACAAGCAAUGUUUCUCCCCUCAUGUUAUCUUGCAAGUCCAAAGCAUCCACAGAACACUCGAGGAACCCGUUAUAGCAAAACUACCAAAUUGUUAAUGCUCUCGACUCGCUUAUUGAAUGACAUGGAAAGCUAUGAGAAGGAGAUGAAACACGGAAAAUUGAACAUGGUUCCACUGUACUUGAAAGAGAAUCCAGAGUCAAAUAUUGAAGAUUCAAUUGCAUAUAUACAUAACAAGCUGGAUAGAUUGAAGAAGCAGCUGCUCGAAAUUAUUAUGACUAAUAGCAAUACCGAAAUACCGAAAGAAUGGAAACAAGUCCAUCUAUGUGCUUUGAAGGGGUUUCAGAUGUUGUAUAACACCUAUAAUUUAUUUGACUCACCUACUGCGCUACUCCAGGACAUUACCAUGGCCAUCUAUGAGCCAUUAGUUAUGGAUGCCCAGAGAAUGCUUCUGCCACCGUUUGUGCUUAAUGCUCAUGAGUCAGUUAAGAAGAAUAAGGGACAGUCUAUGGAUGAUACUUCUGAGAAAGAACUAUCAGUGAAGGCUCAAAGUCGGUUUCAAGGAGUGAACCGUAAAAUAGUUUAUAAUUCAAUAGCAAUGCCUUCCAAAAUCAAGCAGUCACUAUACUAUGUGAGGCCCAAAAGUUUUCUUACAUUGCGGUGCCCAUCUUCCUACAUGUUUUUAGCUGUGCCUCCCAUUUCUCCAAGUCCUUUGUUGAAGAUGUAGGUGGUAGUAUUCAGGUGUGCGUGUUCAAGAAAUAUUUAUAUCUAUACUAUUAUAUCUUCUGUGUUGUUACAUCUUUACCGAAAGAGUGCAUAUUAUAGUCUUUUGUGCACAACAUGUUGAUGAUAAUAAAGGAAAUGCAAGUGCAAUAAGAAUUUAUGGU